UGCAUGCAACUUGGGUCACUGUGACGGAAACUUAUUUCUAUGUGAGGGGGUGGGUUUCAGAAGUCCAGUGUGUGGUGCAGGCUGCCACACAAACAUUUUCUAGGCAUGGAGCCUGUGCAGGAAGAGCGUCACACUUUGUACAGCACUGCAGUGAACUGAGGACUACAGACUUCUGACCUCUAGAAUAAGGAUAGGCUGAUUUCUGAUCGUAUCUGUCCCAGAACAGGCUCUUUUCCUCAGAUAAACACCUCUACCAGCCUGUCCUGCGAUGCCCGCCGCUGGAGCCUCAGAUCCAAAGUCGGAGGAUUUCUCCACUGCUAUUCUGAAGCAGAAGAUUCGGCCGAAUCGACUCAUCGUGGAUGAAGCCAACAAUGAGGACAACAGUAUUGUGUGCUUGUCACAGGUUAAAAUGGAGGAACUGCAGCUGUUUCGUGGAGACACUGUGGUGUUACGCGGUCGGAAGCGGAGACAGACGGUCUGCAUCAUUCUCACAGACGACACGUGUGGCAAUGAGCGUGUGCGCAUGAACAGGGUGACGCGCAACAACCUGCGUGUGCGCCUCGGUGACGUCAUCAGUAUCAACGCUUGUCCAGAUGUGAAAUAUGGGAAGCGCAUCCAUGUUCUGCCCAUUGAUGACACUAUCGAGGGGCUAACAGGCAACCUGUUUGAGGUUUUUCUAAAGCCGUAUUUCCUGGAGGCCUACCGACCUGUUCACAAAGGUGAUAUUUUCCUGGUCAGAGGAGGCAUGAGAGCAGUGGAGUUUAAAGUCAUAGAAACAGACCCCAGCCCACACUGCAUCGUUGCCCCGGAUACCGUUAUCCACUGUGAAGGAGAACCAAUCAAACGAGAGGAUGAGGAGGAGAGCCUGAAUGACAUCGGGUAUGAUGACAUCGGGGGUUGUCGUAAACAGCUGGCUCAGAUUAAAGAGAUGGUAGAGCUGCCUCUCAGGCACCCCGGCCUGUUCAAAGCCAUCGGAGUGAAGCCUCCGAGAGGAAUUCUGCUGUACGGUCCACCCGGGACAGGCAAGACGCUGGUGGCUCGUGCAGUUGCUAAUGAGACGGGAGCUUUCUUCUUUCUCAUCAAUGGUCCUGAAAUCAUGAGUAAACUGGCAGGGGAGUCUGAGAGUAACCUGAGAAAAGCUUUCGAGGAGGCCGAAAAAAAUGCCCCUGCUAUCAUCUUCAUCGAUGAGCUGGAUGCAAUCGCUCCGAAACGAGAGAAGACUCAUGGUGAGGUUGAGCGGAGGAUCGUCUCUCAGCUGCUCACACUGAUGGACGGCCUGAAACAACGCGUUCAUGUUGUAGUUAUGGCAGCCACAAACAGACCCAACAGUGUGGAUCCUGCUCUUCGGCGUUUUGGUCGUUUUGAUCGAGAGAUUGACAUUGGCAUCCCCGAUUCCACCGGCAGGCUGGAAAUUUUACAAAUUCACACCAAGAACAUGAAACUGUCGGACGAUGUGGACCUGGAACAGAUCUCCGCUGAAACGCACGGGCACGUGGGAGCAGAUAUGGCUGCUCUGUGUUCAGAGGCAGCGCUGCAGGCCAUCCGCAAAAAGAUGAUCUUAAUUGAUCUGGAGGACGACAGCAUCGAUGCAGACCUUCUCAACUCGCUGGCCGUCACCAUGGAUGACUUCAAGUGGGCUCUAAGUCAGAGUAACCCAUCUGCUCUGAGGGAGACGGUGGUGGAGGUUCCACAGGUAAACUGGGAGGACAUUGGAGGACUUGAUGAGGUGAAGCGAGAGUUACAGGAGCUUGUCCAGUAUCCCGUGGAGUAUCCUGAUAAAUUUCUGAAGUUUGGGAUGACUCCAUCUCGAGGGGUUUUGUUCUAUGGUCCACCUGGUUGCGGCAAAACCCUACUAGCCAAAGCCAUUGCCAACGAGUGCCAGGCUAACUUUGUGUCUAUUAAAGGCCCAGAGCUGCUCACCAUGUGGUUUGGUGAAUCAGAGGCAAAUGUCAGAGAUGUGUUUGACAAGUACAUCCCUCUACCUGACAUGCCCUCCCGCUCUGCCAUCCUGCGCGCCAACCUCCGCAAGUCCCCUAUCGCUAAGGACGUGGACCUGGCAUAUCUGUCCCGUAUAACAGAGGGAUUCUCAGGAGCAGACCUGACUGAGAUCUGUCAGAGGGCCUGUAAGCUUGCUAUAAGAGAAGCCAUAGAAGCAGAGAUCCGUGCUGAGAGACAGCGCCAAGCCAGGAAAGAGACUGCUAUGCUUGGGAUGGAGCAGCUGAGUCCUUAG